AUAUCGAACGAUAUUCAAAUGAAUCGAAGAAAAUCGUUUCGGACGGUUAAAGAUGAAUCCUUUUAAAUUUUUCUUACAAAUUUGGGUUAUUUUUUCUUAUAAAUUUCAUAUUUCAGACUCAAAACUACCAAUGGCUAUUAAUAUCAGUUCCUACUCUUACGUUGACUUUAAACUUGUAAAUUAUUCAAAUAUAAUUUUUCCAGCUUUCGGCACAACUUUAAACUUCAAAAUAGAGCCUGAUUUAUCACGAGUAUUCUUGACUACUAAAGUAUUUGUUUACGAAGACAACAAAAUCAAGAAGUUCUAUGUAAAAAACUUCAUCCCACACGAACGCAUAAUUUUUAAAGGAUAUCUUGAAGGUACAAAUAAUUCCAAAAUAACAGGAUAUUACUUACGCGACAGAUUUGCUGCAAGAAUCGUUAUUGACCACAGAGUCUACUAUAUAGAGAUCGCCUCUCCUUAUGUUCCUGGAUCAUUUGCCGAUGUUGGAAUCUUCUAUAGUCUCGCUGAUGUCAAUGAACUUAAGCAAACUGAAUACGUAAGUUGCAAAGUAUUAAAUACAGAAUAUGAGAAAAGUUAUAAUCACUUAGCAUUCUCUGAUGACAACUACAGCAAACUACAAAACACUGCUCCUCAAAGAAGUAGUAGAAUAUGCACCUUAGAAAUACUGGUUGAUCACACAUAUUUUCAAUACAUGAAAUCUGAUAAGCAAUCUGUGCUACUGGAAGUUCUACACCUUAUAAACAUCGCCAAUUCGAUAUUCAAAGAAUCAGACGUUGACGGAAGUGGAAAAUCGGACGUUAUAGAAUUCCUAAUCGACCAAAUAACGAUAUUCGAAGAGAGAAUUCAAAUAGCGUAUCCAUAUUCAGACCAGAGCAGUGACAGUCCAGGAUUUAUACAAAAGUUAAAGCAAUACAAAAGUCCUUAUUGUCUGUUGAUUUAUUUCACUCAUAAAGAUUUCGACAAAAGAAAACUUUGCACCAAUUUCAAACUCGGUAGAAUAUGCCCUAAUUAUGAAUCAAAAAGAAGAGCACACAACGUCCUAUUUGUUACAAAUGUCGUUAAAGGAAGAGAAAUUCCACGAUACAGAAUGGCAUUGACGUUGUUACAUCAUCUGGGACACGCAUUCGGAUGCAAACACGAUCCUGUAAAUGGUUCUGUGUGCACAUCUUCACAGGUUUAUACGAAUGAUAGUAAAUACAUUAUGGAACCUGAAUACACAAGCGGAGCACAUAUUAACAAUUGGAAAUUUUCAAUCUGUUGUCUGAAAUCGAUGAAAAAAUUUAUUAAACGCAAAGAGUCGUGUUUGAAAAAGGUAUUUAAAUCUUCGUGUGAAAACGGCGUUGUCGAAAAAGGUGAAAGCUGCGACUGUAAUCCUGCAGAAAAAACGUGUACAAAUACAAGUUUAUGCUGUCACAAUAAACAUCACCCUAUGAGAUGUACACUUAAGACAGGAGCGUACUGCACAUUUGGAACAGAUGAAUGCUGUAAUUAUAAAUGUGCAAAAGUUCCUUUUAAGGAAUACAAGCCUUGUUUCAGUAACAAACCUUGUUGGAACGUUAGCAGUAUUUGUGACGGAUAUUCUCCAUUCUGUCCUGCACAAAUGCAACCCGAUGGUAUAUCGUGUCUAAAUAACAGAGGGAUCUGUAUAAAAGGUAAGUGCGAUACCGACAUUUGCAAAGUAAAAGGUCUACAGUCUUGUCAAUGUUCUUCUCGUCACACCGAGUGUUAUGUCUGUUGCAAAAAUAAAUCGAGUGAGUGUCUACCAGCAACAUCAUUCGAAAUCUUCACUCCGACUUCUGAUCCGUAUGUCAAGAAAAAUGAUACUUCUUGCGACAACAAUUACGGAUUGUGUUUAAGUAAUGGAACUUGCAAAAGAAAAGAUAUCUUCAUAAGACAUUCAUUGGCGGAGUAUUUAUAUGUGUUACCUUUUGUUGGAAUUAUACUGAUUGCUAUUGGAUGUUUUGUAUCACAGCAAGAGAAACGGCCGAGUAUUGUCGAUCUUGCUAGGAGACACAAGAAUAAGAAAAGAUCCCGCCGCAGAAGAAAGCAGAAAAGGAAUAAUACGUAGCUUUGAUUAUUUAGUGCUAUAAAUAACGUUUGAUUAUAUCGUUUAUAUCGAACUUUGGAAUUUAAUAAGUACUAACUUGUAUAUUUCGGAUUGAAAGUUAUUAAAACCUUUACCAUGUGAACACACAUUUUAUCUUUUCACUGUUAUUAUCUUCUAUUUUUAAAUUAUUGAAUUAAAUAAAUAGAUAUAAAUUAUGGCAACGAUAUACCAAUGAAAAUGUUGAUAUAAUAUUCAUGUCGAAUGAAAUAUCGUUUUGUAGAUUAAAUAUUUUACGUGAGUUUGAAUGUGCCGAUUUCCUCUGUUAUGUAAAACCUAAAUAAGUUACUCAAUCAUAUUUAAUAUCGCGUAGAAAUCUUUUCGGUUUUAUUAACGAAUAGCAUCUAUAAGUUAAAUACUAGCUGUGUAAAAAAGAGUGUCAACAUUGUUAGG